ACCUCCAUAUAAAACGAAAAGCCCCCCAAUUCUUUCUUUCUACCAGCAAGUCCCGAUCUACUCCGUACUUCACUCGGAUCGCUGCGAACUCGUCCCAGAAAUGACGAAUCGGCUCGUUGUCGUCCUCUCAAUUUCAGCUCUGAUCUUGUUAUCAGCACUAUCUCCAGUGAUCUCCAGCACCGACGACUUCGACGAGGACCUCAGCUUCCUCGAAGCCGAAGAAGCCGCCGCACAAGAGGCGUCGCCGAAGCACCCUUACGCUUCAGAUUCACAGUUUUUGGAUGAAGAGGUCGACGAUGACGACAACGACUUCGCGAGCUACGACGACUUCGAAGUCCCGUCGGGGAUCGAGGACCACGAGGAGUACUCGCAGCCGGAGAUCGACGACAAGGACGUCGUCGUUUUGACGGACCGCAACUUCAGUGGCUUCGUUGAGGACAAUCGGUAUGUGAUGGUCGAGUUCUACGCGCCGUGGUGCGGCCACUGCCAGGCUUUGGCGCCGGAGUACGCCGCGGCCGCGACGGAGCUGAAGACCGAGGGAGUGCCGCUGGCGAAGGUGGAUGCGACGGAGGAGAAUGCCUUAGCGGAGGAAUACGAGGUACAGGGCUUCCCUACUGUGUAUUUCUUCAUCGACGGUGAGCACAAGCCCUACAAUGGUCAAAGGACGAAAGAAGCAAUUGUAACUUGGAUAAAAAAGAAAAUAGGACCUGGUGUGUACAACAUAACCACUGCAGAUGAUGCUGAGCGUGUAUUGACUUCUGAAAAUAAAGUUGUUUUGGCUUUUCUGGAAUCUUUGGUGGGCCCUGAGAGCAAGGAGCUUGCUGCUGCUUCCAAGCUUGAGGAUGGUGUCAGCUUCUACCAAACUAUAAAUGCUGAUGUGGCAAAACUUUUCCACAUGGACCCUAAUGCUAUACGCCCUGCUUUGGUCUUGCUAAAGAGGGAGGUUGAGAAAUUGAGCCAUUUUGAUGGUCAAUUUGUAAAGUCUGCAAUAGCUGAGUUUGUAUCUGCCAACAAGCUUCCGCUGGUGAUCACUUUUUCAAGAGAAAGUGCCCCUGCAAUUUUUGAAAGUCCUAUUAAAAAACAGCUAUUGCUCUUUGCUGUUUCAAAUGAUUCUGAGAAGGUUGUUCCAACAUUUCAAGAAGCUGCAAAAUUUUUUAAGGGAAAGCUUCUCUUUGUAUAUGUGGAAAUGGAUGACGAAGAUGUUGGCAGGCCGGUUGCAGAAUUUUUUGGUAUCACUGGGAAUUCUCCAAAAGUUAUUGGAUAUUCAGGAACUGAUGAUUCUAGGAAAUACGUGCUUGAUGGGGUGGACAAUUUAGAUAAAAUUAAGACUUUUGGGGAAGAUUUCCUGGAAGACAAGCUGAAACCUUUUUAUAAAUCAGAUCCAAUUCCAGAGCCUAAUGAUGGGGAUGUGAAAAUAGUGGUUGGAAAUAACUUUGAUGAAAUUGUUUUAGACGAAUCAAAAGAUGUUCUCCUUGAGAUUUAUGCACCAUGGUGUGGACAUUGCCAAGCUCUGGAACCCAUCUACAAUAAACUUGCCAAACAUUUACGUGGCAUUGAAUCUCUCAUUAUAGCCAAAAUGGAUGGUACAACAAAUGAACACCAUAAAGCCAAGUCCGAGGGGUUCCCCACGCUACUAUUUUUCCCAGCAGGGAAGAAGAGUUCAGAACCAAUUACGGUGGAUGCAGAUCGGACCGUGGUUGCACUUUACAAAUUCCUGAAGCAGCAUGUGUCUAUCCCUUUCAAGCUCCAAAAAUCAGUUCCCGCUCCAAAGCCCGAGAGCACCGAGGCCAAAGAGAGCAGCAGCAGUGACACCAAGGAUGAAUUGUGAGAGUUGCACCAGUCCUAUGUACGCAUGUGUGUAUUAGCUCUAUCCUACUCAGGUUGAACAAUAGGAAUUAGAUUUAGAAGAAGCAUCAAACCAAAGCCCCCCCACCCCAACUAGAAAAGCUAGGCUAAUUUUAUUUGAAUUGUCAAGGAUUUUGUUAGUAGCCCUCCAAGUCUUGCUUUUGAGUUAUGUAAUAAAUGUUCUUUAUAUCCAUCCACUUUCUGUUAGCUUAACUGAAACUGAGAGCAGUGUCUGGAAACAGAUCCAGAUCCAAAUCCAAAUCCAAAUCCUGAUCCUGUUCAGCUCA